UUGUAAGGAAAUGGGUGCGAAGCGAACAUGAAAAGUAAGAAAGUUGAGACGAACACAAGGGACUAGAAAACUAGAAAUGCAAAGGAACAGCAUUGGGAUAAAUGGGAACAUGGCAGCCCCGCUGGAUGGACUUCCAAGUACAGAGAAAGUUGUUUGGCUCUGUCUCCUCCAUGAUUAGGUUACUUUCGAUACCGCGCGUGAUCGCAUCACUUGAUAAUAUUCUUCUGGUCUUCCCGAUGUCCAAUGGCCAACUUCCCUUCCAUUACCGGCAGUUACCCCACACCGUGUCCCUGCAUGAGCCUCUAACAGGGACAACGACUCGGCUUGCCAUGUUCUUUAGGGAACGCCUCAGAAUCAUCCAGUUCAUGCAGUUUUCCUCAGGUUAAUGAUGACUUAUAAUUUCUUGCCAUAUGCUACAAAAUUCUCAACCAAAUUACAGCUGUGUACAGUAAGUUUAUACAGCCACAUGGUUGAAUAUAUAAUGGAUUUCCAUUCAAAAGUCAAAAGUGCACUAGAAGCUGUGUUACUGUUUCCGCAAAUCCUAUUCCACAUAUAGGAAUCCCAUGAAUAAUUAAACUCCUGACCAUAUGCUUUUUUUUUUUCCAACCCAUUUUACGGUCUGAAGAAUCCGCAGGGUAAUAUUUGUGUUAAACUACCGACAAGGGAAUGAGAAAGUUAGUACUAUCUGCCAUGGAACGAGUUUGUAAUAACCCCGGCCUACUCUUCGCUGGAGAGGUUCGUCCCAGUCCAAGUAGUCCAUUGCAGAGCCAACAGGAAAAGAAACACCUAUCUGUUGAGGAGGAGGAAGAAGAAGAAGAAGAUGCAAAGACAGAUUCUUUGUUAGAUCUGAACGUGAACGGCGAUGAUUUUGCUGCCGGGUGCAAUCCAGAACUCCAUCUCAUAACCAAUUUGGAUGUAGAUAGGGAAAAAUCCAAAAGUUCAGAAAAUUCUGGAGCUUUAGAGGCAGAGCCACGAGUAUUUUCUUGCAAGUACUGUCAGAGGAAGUUUUACAGUUCGCAAGCGCUUGGAGGACACCAAAAUGCGCACAAGAGGGAGAGGUUAAUAGCGAAGAGAGGACAGAGGGAGAUAAUGGCCUCAGCUACAGACUUUGGGCUUCCUUUUCUGCAUCAUAAUAACAGGUAUACAAGUAUGGCGUCUCUGCCCCUCCACGGUACUGCCGCUAAUAAACCUCUUGGAAUUCAGGCGCACGCCAUGAUUCACAAGCGUUCUCAUAUUUCUUCUAAUUACGGGUUUGGAAACAGCCACGGAAAUCAUGGCUGGUCAAGACCCCUAAUUGAUCAGAAACCCAGAGUAGGCAAGCUAGAGAUGGCUAAUUUUCAUAGAACAACAACGUUGGGCUUGUCAUCACGAGGUAGUGUAGGAAGGUUUGAAACGGCAAAGACGACGAAGUUGGGUUCUGCAGUUAGUGAUCAGAUCGCUGGGUAUUUGGCAACUGGAACUCUAUUGAAGACUGAUCAAGAAGAAACAAAGCACCUUGAUUUAUCCCUCAAGCUCUAAGGGCUUAUUUGUAUAGGAUAUUCAAUAUGUACUAGCUAGGGCCAGGCAUCUUGACAAGUUUAUUCUCGCAUUGUCUGAAAAAUAAUGUUGUGGAGGAUCAAACUUCUUUACUGUGAGGUAAUGAUCUGAUAUUUUCUAGAAUGUCGAGUUCUUUUCUUUCCGAGACCUUGACGUGUUUACUUGUUGUGCCGAUUUAGGAGGGUUUUUCAGUUAUGAUACCUCUCGUCAGUCACAAAACUGGCCUAUAAUAUGCAGCAAUUUGUUCCAAUGUUAUGCUGGAAUUAUUGAACUUAAUUUCCACUUUCA